UUCGGGGUUGGGGGGACUAAGUCUAUAAACCAGCACGAAAGGCGGGGACACAAACAGGUCGCUCCCGGGGCGCAGUUACUCGAAAAAGUAAUCUCGUUACUGCCACCAACCAACAGGACUCACUAGCAAACUGAUGCGCAUCGCUAUUGGACGCUGCCAGGGUUGGACUCCAGCACCCCGCCGCCUGUUACUCAAACACAGGGAGCGCGUCUGGUCAGUGGCUCCUCGUUGCGCGCUGGAUAUGGAUCAGGACGCAGCGUGCCUCCCUGCUGUCUCCCGCGGACGGGCUGCACUCUGCGGCGCAUAAAAAAAGGUGCCCAAAUGAAUCACCGCCCUCCUGGCUCCCCCGGCGUGCAAUGGCUUAACAGGAGAGACAUGAGUGUCCGGACGGAGGACAGCAUCACCUUGUGCCAAAGGGCUCUCGAAAUCAUCACGGAACUUUGUCUCACGGGAAACGUAGACCGGGAGAAAUGUUCGGAUAUUUUCCCCCUGGAGAGCAACAUACCAGGUAAAGGACACGCAGGUGCAUAUGCUGCCCCCUCUUUCUUACAGCUGGCUUUCUCUCCUUUUUUCUCUUUCUCCCUUGCAUGUUUGUCUGUCAUAUUUUGUCCCUUGCUUGCUUCUCCUUUCCUUUUUAUGUGUCUCUGUCUUCCUCUAUGGGUCUUUCCAUGGUUACAUGUAGACAUCUCUAUUAGUCUCCUUGCUGUGGUCGUGGGUUUCUGUGGCCUCGCCCUGUUGGUAGUCUCUCUCUUUGUCUUUUGGAAGCUGUGCUGGCCCUUUUGGAGGAGCAAGGCUCUGUCAGCCCAUGCCGAAAAUGGCCUCAAUGUUGGUUUCCCCGAGGCGCCUCCACCCAACUCGCCGCCGGUCACUGAGUGCAAAGUGGCGGAGGUGGAGAAGAAGUACCCGCUGGAAGUGAAGGUGAAUGGACGGAGCACUGUCAAGCUCCUCGAGGCGGCCAUGAAGAUCAGCCAGACGUCUCCGGACAUCCCCGCCGAGGUGCAAACAGCCCUGAGGGAGAAGCUCAGCCAGCAGGCUAAGAUCCAGAGGCAGACCACCGAGCCCACCUCCUCCUCCAGGCACAAUUCAUUCCGGCGCCACCUGCCUCGCCAGAUGAAUGUCACCAGUGUUGACUUCAGCAUGGACACAGUGCCUCUCCGCCAGUCUUCUACAGUGAGCAUUGGAAGAAUAAAGCCUGAACUCUACAAGCAGAAAUCUGUGGACUCAGAGGGUGAGGCUAAAGAGCCUGUGGAGACUUGCGGAAAGCUCAGCUUCUCACUGCGUUACGACCACGAGGAGCAAGCUUUGGUGGUGAGAAUCCUCAAGGCCUUGGACCUGCCCGCCAAAGACUUCACGGGCACCUCCGACCCGUACGUGAAGAUCUACCUGCUACCAGAGAGGAAGAAGAAGUUCCAGACACGCGUCCACCGCAAGAAUCUGAACCCCAUGUUCGACGAGACCUUCUGUUUCCCCGUGGUGUAUGAUGAGAUUUGCAACCGCAAGCUGCACUUCAGCGUCUACGACUUUGACCGCUUCACCAGCCAUGAUAUGAUUGGCGAGGUGGUGGUGGACAACCUCUUUGAACUCUCUGAUCUUUCCAGGGAGGCUGUAGUGUGGAAGGAUAUUCAUGCAGCAACUACGGAGAGUGUGGACCUGGGAGAGAUCAUGUACUCGCUGUGCUAUCUUCCCACAGCAGGAAGAAUGACCCUAACAGUCAUCAAAUGCAGAAACCUCAAAGCCAUGGACAUCACAGGCUCCUCAGACCCUUAUGUGAAGGUUUACUUGAUAUGUGAUGGACGGAGGUUGAAGAAGCGAAAAACAACCACCAAGAAAAGCACGCUCAAUCCAGUGUACAACGAGGCCAUCAUCUUCGACAUUCCCCCGGAGAACGUGGAACAAGUCUGUCUGUCCAUCAUGGUGAUGGAUUAUGAUCGGGUCGGACACAAUGAGGUGAUCGGUGUGUGUCGCACCGGGCCAGAUGCUGAGGGUCUUGGACGAGAUCACUGGAACGAAAUGUUGGCUUACCCGCGAAAGCCCAUCACACACUGGCACGCCCUCGGAGAGGAAAUUACAGUGGCCGGGAAGAGCAACAAGCUUUGAGAGUCAAGGUUCGUGUCCUUCACCCAAACCUCCACAGACGCCCUGAUGGUCACAGGUAGAGUGAGAACACUACCUCUGUAAGGAAGCAAGACGUUCGUUUAGAGUUGCUGAGUUGCCUGAGUCUCUUGUGAGCAUGUUGUAUGAAAAUUCAUCCCAACACGUUUAUAUGUUUAUAAAAAACAAGGUUGUAUUGAAAUUGUUCUUAUUCAUUCAUUUGACAUCGGGUCCUUGAAAUGCUCUACAGAGCUGGCUAUGCACAGCACUCUCUGUCAUUCUAUUCAAGAUUUUUUCAUACAUCUGCUUUGAAAUUCUCAGAAAGGCUUUAUUUGCCAAACAUUUACACAGACCACAUGAAUGGUAUGCCUCACUACAAGAAGUCCUCUGUGAUUCACAUACAGCUGUAUCAACCUCUUCAAGAUUCUGAGGAAACAUUUUUUUCUGGCCCUCCAGCUCUGUAGUGAGUUGGCAUUUUACUUUAAAAUGACAGAAAGUUAAAGGGCUACGCUGUUCAAUACUAUGAAAGCAUUUGCUUGAUUAAAAAUACAGUCAAUAAAUCCAGGGAGUCCUGAUCCAGGUUUCGGCUGACGAAUGCAGGUAAUCGAGCAUGCACAAGGGCUCGGUAAACUCUCCUAAAAUGUACCUGCCACAACUGUCACUGUUGUGUAAAAGUGGCCAUUAACCAGCCACUGUUACCUGCAUUUUUAUUAGAAAAGUCAACAGGACUCUCAGAUUUAUAGAAAUUGUAGCAGAUACAUGUAGCAAAGACAGUAUAGAGAGAUAAACUAAAUAACUUAAUACUUUUUUCCCCAAAAAACCCAGCAAGACUUAAUAAUAAAUAUAACGAUUUCAUAUUUAUUUUUGUACACACCAGAUCGAUUUCGGCACCCUAAUUGCAAAUUGAACGAGCAGCAUCAACAAAUUAGACUCAUCAUCGUUUUACUCCUAUAACUUUAUUAAAUAGAAUUCUGUUGUUUACACUGCAAAUGUCAGCACAUGCCAAUGAUAUAGAAAAUAGUGUCCAAUCAUUGCUUAACAACCGUAACUAGACACAGCAAGUCUUCAAGGAUCAAAGGCCAAACAACACCAAAAACAUCAAGUAGAGUAACACAGAUGGUAAUCUUAAUUUAAAAUCUAGGAAGCAAAACUUUAUUAUGUAACAGCAUUUCCUCACCAGUUACAAAUUUAGGGAAUUAUAACCCAUAAAACUUUUGCAAAUUGCAUGUAUGUUUUUUGCAUCAAACCAUAUUUACUUAACUUCAAUGCAUCUAACACAGAACAUUGACUCUGCUUCUCCUCAUACGUGAGUAAUAAGAAACUAAUAAGAAACCAACAUAGCAAAUAAAAAAGGCUAUGUACUGUUAUCUUACUUGCACAUGCUUAUGAUGCUUUUUGUCCCUUGCGCUGCUUUUAAUAUUGACAAGAAAUAUUUUUACUUGUAGCAUGCCUCUCACCACUUUAAAAACACACCCAAUGAGGGAAAAUGUCAAAAAUUAAUAUAUUAAGAGUAUUUAAAAUGUCAGACUUUGUGUUUACAUUUGUAUAUAUACUUGUCAAUGGCAUUGUUUGUAUAUAUUCAAAAGAAGUUUAAGAAGUUGUCGUGAACUUAUGGAGAUAGAGACAUCACAAUGUAUUUCUCUUGUUUGGUGAUCAUUUGAACAGCUCAGACUUGUAAUUGAGUGAAACUGAUACACGUUCUGUAAUAGUUGUGAACAAUUAGUCAGGCUGGAGACCCAGUGAAGCCAACUCUACCUUAUUAAGUUAUUUCAUGUUUAGGAGUUUAGAGCUUUGAUCUGUAAUUGUUUGCAUAUUGGUUAAAUCUAUACUGAGCAAGAACAACUGCACCUGCUGUCAUGAUGUGUACAGUUUGUGAUAACUUUUGUAACACUUUAAAGUAAAUCUUUGGAAUAUGAUUUAUUGUAUCUGUUUCAUAUGUAUUUUAACUAAAUAAAUU